AUGGCUGCAGAAACGGAAGAGGGAGCGCCGCAGUACCGACAACCGAGCCCGCCGUACCUCGUCGCGUACCUCUCGCCGUACCUGUACCUGUACUCGUACGCAACCACCGCCGGCCUGGGUAGGGUUUCUGGUAGGAUGGAACUUCAACGUUCGUCCGAAAACGGCACCGCGCACGCCCAGCUUCGUGCAUUCACGUUCUGGCGGACGCAGACGCAGCCCCCGGCCGGACCAGGCGUCGCGUCAGCACCGGUGCCAACCUUGGAGUACCCCCGUCUGUACCGGUACCACAAGGCGACCUUACCGAUACGCGGCAAGUACGGAGAGCCUGCUGACCCACGCCUUGUGGCUUCCUAG